AUGGGGGCGAAAAUUCAAGAUGGUAGGUGUACAAAUGGGAUAUGGACAGCAUCAGAAGCUGCAAUGCAUAUAAAUAUAUUGGCAUUAUUGGCUCUUCUAGCUGAUCAGACUAAUAUUCAUAUCCGAAUCAUGUCCGAUAAUACAACAGUUGUUUGUUACAUUAAUGACAUGGGGGGUUCUAAGUCAACUGAAUGUGAUCGUUUGUCCAAAGCCAUUUGGUAUUGGGCAAUAGAUCGAAACAUAUGGCUUUCAGCAGCGCAUGUGCCAGGGGCACAAAAUGUAAGUGCUGACAAACUUUCCUGACAUUUGAACCUGCAAUUAGAAUGGCAAGUGUCAACUUCUGUAUUUCAUAAAAUUUCUGCAUGUUUUGGAUCACCUGAAAUUGAUUUAUUUGCAAGUCGGAUAACUACAUUGCUUCCUGAUUAUGUUUCAUGGAAACCUGAUCCUAUGGCGAAGUAUAUAGAUUGCCUUUAAAAUUGAUUGGAAACAGUUUUCAUUUUAUGCGUUUCCACCCUUUUGUCUUAUUUCUAGGUGUAUUCAGAAAAUAGUGCAGGAGCAAGCAAUGGGGAUACUAGUUAUUCCGUUGUGGCCAACUCAAACCUAUUUCACAAGCGUAUAGAAUUUGUUAAUCAAGACACCAAGGAUAUUCAAGACGUCACGGACGAAUCUGGUACAUCCAGUUUGAACCAGUCCACGUCCUCUGCAUCAGAGUUUGGUAUUGAUGGUAUGCAAAUUAUCAGGCAUUCCUUGCAUGAACGCAACAUUUUGCCGGAGAUUGCCGAUAUCAUUAUGCUCUCCUGGCGAAAUUCUACACACAAACAGUACCGAGUUUACAUCAACAAAUGGGUACACUUUUGUAGCGAAAAAUUGUUUGAUCUGGUGCAUCCCGCUGUGAAUACGCUUUUGGCAUUCUUACAUCAGCUUCAUGAGAAUAACCUCUGCUCUGUUAUUCUGACUUGAAUACUGCUCGUUCGGCGGUUUCUAAUAUUGAUGAAAAUUCAGUUCAUACAAAAAUGCAUACACCGGUUGGUAAACACCCAUUAGUAUGUUGAUACCUUAAAGGAAUAUUUAAUAAACCGAAGCCUGUACUGAAGUUUAAUAACAUUUGGUUGGUGGAUAUUGUACUGGAGCAUCUUAGUGUGUUGUGGCCUUUAAAUGAACUUACUCAUAAGGCACUAACAUUGAAAUUAGUUAUGUUAAUUGUGUUGACGACAGGUCAGCGGUGCCAGACGUUAACCUUCAUGGAUAUUUCUGAUGAAUAGAUGACCAAGAAUGAACAAUGUUUCAGUUUUUCAUUGACAGAACAUAUUAAACAAAACAGACCGGGGAGUGUGUUUGGCAAUGUGACUUUGUAUAAAUAUCCAGAUAAGAAGUUGUGUGUAUAUGAAACAUUGCAAUUUUAUCUGCAAGCAACCGAGGUUUGUAGAAAUAAGUAAAGCAGCCGCGGCAGCUGUGUCUGUCGAUUACAUCCUUGCUACAGCUGGAUGGUCCACAGAAGGUACAUUUCGAAAGUUCUACAAUAGACCAGUAGC